AUGGCCGGAUCUGAAGAUGGCCACCACAUCGAAAUCGUCCCAGAUGACAGUGCAUGGGCUGGAGUAGAGGAUAAUGCUGAAGAUCCUGAAGAGGUUCGAGUUAUAUUCAGCGCCUUGGAUUCAUUCUUCCAAUACGCAAAAGUAUCCCACUUCAACGUCACACACCUUCGUCGUCAAGCCUUCUAUGCUCUUCCUCAAGAACAAUGGAAACUCUUAGCUGCCCCGCCGUUCAACUUCCUAGACACUCUGGAGAAGACUGAUGAUGCAAUUGAUGAGAAUGCUGAGCUGGCUCGAACCAUUGCCCGUAUUGGCCUCCAGUCAUUUCGAAUGAUGACGACAGAUCCUGAAGACCCUGAACCCAAGAUGCCUCAGGAAUGGGCCGGCGUCGCCAAGCACUCUGAUGUUGACAAGGCGAGGAGUACUAUUCGCCAGUUCUAUAGAGACUGGACUGAGGCGGGGGCUGUGGAGAGAGAAGCUAGCUAUGGCCCCAUCAUGAAAGCUCUUGCGGCAGAAAAGGAGAGAUAUCCGGAUAGAUCCCCUCUCAGCGUAUUGGUACCAGGCGCAGGUCUAGGAAGAUUGGUAUUCGAUCUGGUCGCGAAUGGAUACACAGCUGAAGGCAACGAGAUCUCCUAUCAUCAACUCCUCGCCUCAUCAUACAUUCUAAACUAUUGUCCUGCGGCCGAACAACAUACUAUUUACCCCUGGGUCCAUAGUUUCUCCAACCACCUCACCCGAGCGAACCACCUUAGAAGCUAUAGCGUCCCGGACAUCCAUCCUGCCUCCGUUCUAGCCGCCGCGCCCAAUCCUGGAGAAAUGUCCAUGUGCGCCGCCGACUUUCUCUGCCUCUAUUCUAAUGAAGACCAUGAAGCACAGUAUGAUGCUGUGGCAAGUGUCUUCUUCCUCGACACAGCACCCAAUCUGAUCCGGUACCUGGAGGUCAUACGGCACUGUCUUCGGCCUGGGGGUGUUCUCAUCAACGUGGGGCCACUACUAUGGCAUUUCGAGAACAAUGCGCCGGGUACUCAUGGACAAGAUGGUGAAGCAGAGCAUGACCCGAAGAGUUCAUCGGGCAUCGCUGAUCCAGGAAGUUUCGAGCUGGCCGACGAUGAAGUCGUUGCACUGUUAGAGAAGAUGGGAUUUGUUGUUGAGUGGCACAAGACUGGUGUUCAUGCACCGUAUAUUCAUGAUCCUGAUAGUCUUUUGCAGUCAACGUAUAGAGCAAGUACUUGGAUGGCUCGAAAGCCAUUAGAGCAGGGGAGUUCAUGA